AAGAAGAAGCUGAAGAAGAAGAAGAGGAGGCCUUAGUUCCGGUUCCAGUCAGCAGCGUGAUAGUGCUAGCAGCAGCAGCAGCAGCAGCAGCAUUGUGAGCAGCUUCAGGACGGUUUAGCUGCUAAAAUAAUUCAGCUUGGUAACGUCUCUUCUUGUCCUCGACAUGGUGAAACUAUCUGCGGAGCUAAUCGAGCAGGCUGCUCAGUAUACCAACCCUGUGAGAGACCGGGAGCUGGACCUACGAGGUGAGUUAUAAAAUCCAGUGCUUGAAAAUCUUGGAGCUACUCUGGACCAGUUUGACACUGUCGACUUCUCUGAUAAUGAAGUCCGAAAACUGGACGGCUUUCCUCUGCUCAAAAGACUGAAAACAUUGCUAAUGAACAACAACAGGAUCUGUCGCAUAGGUGAGAAUCUGGAGCAAUCUCUGCCGAGUCUGACGGAACUGGUUCUCACAAACAAUAACAUUCAGGAGCUGGGUGACUUGGACCCACUGGCCACAGUGAAGACAUUGUCCCUUCUCAGCUUGUUAAGGAAUCCAGUGACAAACAAGAAGCAUUACAGGCUCUACGUCAUCAGCAAAAUCCCACAGAUCCGCGUGCUCGACUUCCAGAAGGUAAAGCUCAAGGAACGCCAGGAGGCAGAGAAAAUGUUCAAGGGCAAACGAGGUGCUCAACUUGCAAAGGAUAUUGCCAGGCGAACGAAAACAUUCACUCCUGGAGUGGCAGCACAGUCUGAGAAGAAGAAGACGGGCCCGUCUCAAGCAGAUGUGGAAGCCAUCAAGAAUGCUAUCGCUAAUGCUUCAUCGCUGGCAGAGGUGGAGAGGUUGAAAGGGAUGCUGCAGGCCGGUCAGAUACCAGGACGAGAUCUGAGACAAGGUCCAGCUGACAUGGUCGAGGAGGAGGAGGAGGAAGAAGAAGAAGAGGAGGAAGAGGGUGACACUGCACAGAUGGAGUCACAUAAGGACGGAGGCUCAGGAGAGGAGAUGAAUGAGGGUGAACAAGACGAGGAUGAAGAAGAAGACAUGGAUGAAGAGCCACAAGUUAAUGGCUCCUGAGUACCUGGAAAUAUUUUGUUUUUUGUUUUUUUUCUCUGUGUUGUAGUUUUCUUGUGUUGGAAAGGCAUCUACCAGGGCUGUUUUAUUUUGUAAAACGACGUACAUUAAAUUGAUUUCUUAUAUUA